AGGAGCACACUGGGUUAUUUUCCAGCCCGUGAGCGCCUCUUCUCGUGCAGUCCUUGUCCCCACACACACAGUCUGGAUCAGGAAGACACCGCACGCCGCCAGAUGGCAUUACAACACUGCCUGUUGCUCAUUGCUCGAGGCGACUGGUUCGGAGCCUCGUGAAGUCUCGCACACCAGCGAGCCCUUAAUGCCAGACUCUGCCGCUGUGAGGCUUGGCAUUGUAAAAAGUGUUCACGCUUAUAUAACACGUUCAGUUCUUGCUAGAAAAAUAUAUAUUGCGUAGUUAUCAGCACGUAAUGGUGACAGGAAGAUGACGGAGCUGUGGAACACUAAGAGAGAGAGAGGCUGGACGGCACGGGAACCAAUCACAAGUCGGUAUCACCGGGGAAGGAGCAGCAGCAGUCGAGUGUUGUGUGGUUCGUGUGUGUGUGUGUGUUGUCGACGUCGUGAUGAACGGAAGUGGUCGCGGCUUAUCUUCGCCAUCCGGGGUCACACGCCGGCCAUCUUGCUUCGCGGAAGAGACAAAGGGAGGUGUAUCACUCCGCCAGCAGCAAACUUGACGUCAUGGGCCAGGGCAUGCAGCGGCGUGCAGUGCGUGGGUAUGGUGACUGUGUGGCCUCUGAUGUAGAGGUGUGUGAGCUGCUGGACGAGAGAAGAGCAAACUAAAAGUAAACAUGGGAUUGCUGCCGCCUCAGGACACUAGGAGCAUUGCGGAAGCGCUGAGGAAGACAUCACAACCCUUGACACAGCGAACACAACUCUGUACUGAGGCUGGCACUGGCUUCUCCCAACACCUCACGUGGUCAUUGCAACAAAAGGAGUUGCCAGCGAGGGACCACCUCCCGAGCCCCAACACGCUAUCCGUGGUGCACGUGCUUCCCUGCCUGUGAACCCUAAAGACGGUGCUCUGCAAGGCGGCAACACUGUGUGCAUUUCUUCACAACUCCAAACUCUCCAGUGUGAAGCACUUUCCAAUGGAAGCACCUCAGGUAUCCUAAAUACUAGUGUACCCUAGUGGGACAUUCAGUCUGUCAGAUGACAGGAGACAGGAUGGAUGGUAGACGCUCCUUCAGCACAUACAUGCGUGGGGAGUGUGUCGUGGAGAAUGGCGACAUUCUCCGCGGCCCCCCACGCGCUGUCAAAGUAUCCAUGGGAGAUCCCGACGCGAAAUCUUUCUUCUGCUGUUGCUGGCCACGAGGGCCUCGCUUCACUAAGGUAGCCAAAUUCUUUUUCAAACCGCAUAAAGAAGAACCCAGUCUCCAGAAGUACACGUCUCUGGAGACUGUGAUGUACAUGGACGGCAUGGUUUUCCGCGAAUACUGGACGCCAGGCAAGACGGCCGUCAAGGUCUCCAUCAAGCAGCGGCGCGGAAAGAAGGUUGUCCUCUUUGGCCGCCUGGCAACCUUCCUUCAAGAGAUGGAGAACCGAAAUUCAGAAAAGUUCGUUCUUUAUGUCACGGAAACCAGCUUCAAAAUUGUUGAAAAGGACCGAGCGGCUUCAGGCGGCGACGAGACCGAUGCCGCUGAGAAACAGAAAAAUAAGCCGUUACAAGAGAACGAUAAGUACGAGUGCGCUAAACGCGGGGAUGACGAAAACCAAGUAAAGAUCGACUACGCGACUUCCUUGUUCAACAGUUUUAAGAAGAAAGAUAAACCCGUUAACAUCAUAAUAACUCCAGAAAUUGUAAAGUUGCCGCCAGUAAUCCCCAUGCAAACCAAGAACGUGCGGUCAUUCAACAAAGACGCUCCUGCUGCACGCCAACAGCAGCGCAGCGCACCUCGUACCGUCCGUCGCGAUAAGCAGGCGUCUAUGAAGCCUAAAGAAACAAACAAAGAAAAACAGAUCGUUCAGGUUCAGGAAAUACACAAGAAAGACAUUCCAUGCGAGACAAAGAAUAAUGCUGAUGAAAAUACGACUAAUAAGAAAGUCAAAGAAGAUACAGAGGAACAAAACCAUACAGAGAUGAAGAAAGAAUCAGGAACAAUGAGUGAAGUACAGCUAGUUCACGAAAAACAUAAUGAAAACGCGGAAAGUGUCGAAAAGAAUCCAGCAGAAGAGAAGAGCGCAGUUUGGGAAGAAUAUGAUAAAAAUGAGUCUGAAGAGACUGAAGGAGACACCGAAGAUGUGGAAAGCGUCCCUACAAAAACAGAGAAGACAGAUGAGGAAGAGAAAGAAGAUACUGAGAAACAAAAAGUUACCGAGAAGGAAAUGAAACCAGCAAAAAUUAGUGAAAUGCAGCUAGUUCAGGAAAAAGACGAUGAAUAUCAUGAAGGCGAGGAAGCUAAUACUCUUGAAGGAAAGGAGACUAGUGUUUCGGAAGACUAUGAUGCACAUGACACUGGAAAGAAGGAAGUGGUUGUUGAAGAUGUGAAAAGUACCUCUCCUGAGAAAGACAAUGCAGAUAAGGAAAUUAAAGAGGGACAAAAUUUUGAGAAGGAAGCUGAGAAACAAGACGUUAUUGAGAAAGUUAACCUUCCCUCUAUAACCAAACUUUUGUCUUUAACCAAAGUCAUCGUGAAGAACAGUACAAGGAGAGAGAAGAUCCGGAAAGCAAUGCUUUUAAGAAAGAAGAGAGAGAGUGUGUCGCUUGGCAAUGUGAAGACAACAUCACCGGUGGAAAAAAUGACGACGCGGAAGAAUAUAGGGAAGGAUCAACAUUUGAAAAAGAAGGUAAUGACUUGCCGCCACAAGAACACCGCGAUGGCCAAUGUAAGCAGCAAGUGGAGGUGGUGGAAGGCCUCCCCACCAACACCGGUGAAGAACAUGACGGCGAGAAUGAAGGUAAAGAAGGAACUGGAGUUAAGAAAGAAGACGUUCUCGUGUAGCCAUUACCGUUAUGUCCGCCAGCUGAAAAGAAACAAUCAAAUGUCAGGAGAGAAGAAAAAGCGCUGCAACAAAAUAAAUCUGAAAUCCGUCCGCUGUAAGAUCGACACCCAUUACAGCCUACCUACUGAUUAUAAACCUGAUCUGGAUUUGAAGGUACUGGAAUCACAGCCGCCACCCUCAGGCCCCGCGCGAGUGAAAUGGGCCCGAGAGGUGGCUGCCCUUAAGGCUCGGCUGCGUUCACAGAAACAGAAGAAAGAGCGGACUAGUGCGCAGAGCCUCCAUCACGGGUCGCAAGCCGCUAAACACUGAGUCACUCGCACUGAGGACCAUCCUAGUCAGUGCAACCGAGAAAAUUGGGGAAAAAAAAAGUACAAAAACAAAGUAAGCUUUCUAACUAUGGAUUAAGAAGCCUAAGCACUGAGUCUUUACUGAGGAACAUGCUUGUCAAUCGAAACCCGAAAUUAGACCAAAAAGAAGUUUUUCAUCCAUUAAUUAAGGAGCAAGAACACUAAGUGAUUCCACUGAGGAACAAGGUGGUGAGUGAAAUCCAGAAAUUAAUGACAAAAAAAUAAAGCGCUUAAAAUUUGCAAAGAAAAAAAGAAAUAUUAAUCUAUCUGUUAUUAACGAAACAACUGAGUGAUUCUUCAGCGAGGAACAAGAACAUUCGUGACACUAAAUGAAAAAUAAUGACGUAAAAGAAAUUAAAAGAUAAAAAAGAUAAAGUAAAAAAAAAGUAACAAGAAAGUCUUUGCUCUCAUAACCUAUGAAGUAUAUUAAUCGACUGUCAAUCCGCCGUUGAAACCAGAAAUUAAUAGAAAAAAAAGUAAUUAAAGUAUCUUCAUUAAAUAAGAUGCCUAAAUAUUUUGAGUGAGAGCAAAUCAGAAAACGAUGACAAAAUAUAAAAAAAAUAAAAAUUCACCAAAGAAAUCUUUAUACAAGUUAUUUUAGAAUGCUACGAUUUGAGUGUUAACUUGCUGAGGAUCAAGAUUGUGAAAACCAAAACAACGACAAAAAACAAAGAAAAGAAAAAUUCUAUCCAGUAUUGGUGAAACAGCCAUUGAUAGUGAGAGGAAAACUGGUGAAAUACGGCUAUUAACAGUGAGAGGAAACAAAAGAACAAUGGCACAAAUAAAAACAAGGAAAAAAUAGAAAAAAAAUCUUAACGAGGAAACAAAUUAAUUAAGUGACUCUCCACUAAGAAAACAAGAAGUAAGGAAAAAUAAUGAUAAAAAAGAUUAAAAAACAAACAAAAUACUGUACCGUAACUUAAGAAGUCUGACUUAAUUAUUAGUCCACUGAGAAAGAAGACUGCAUUUGGAAAACGGAAAACAUUGAAUAAAAAGGAAGAAAAAUAGUAUCUUUUAAUGAUGUAAUCACUUGACUCACCACUGAAAAACUAGAUUCUGAGAGGAAGCCACAAAAUGAUGAGAAAAAGAAAAAAAAUCAUAAUGGAAAAAGUAAAAAAAAAAUAAUGACAAAAUAAAAAAAAAUGUGCAAAAAAAUGAAACAAAAAUUACCAAAAAUAAAAAAAAGUUUACAAAAUUAUGGAAAUAGUGUUGAAGUAAAGAAGGCAGAAUAUUAUGGCAAGUAAUUAAAAAUAUAAAAAAGCCAAAAAAUGGUGACCAGAAACAGAAAAUAAUACCGAAAAAGUAAAAAAAAUAAUAAUAAUGAGGAAAAGGAAGAUAAGUAAAAAAAAUCCAGAAAAUAACAAAAGCAAUAAAAAC